GGCCCCGGGCGCAGAGAUGGCCCGACACGCCAUGGCCGCAGGGAGCGCCCCGGGGUGGGCCGCGGGGGUCCUCGCCGUGGUCUGCCUGGUCUUCUGUUUCGACGUCAUCAGCUGUGAUUCCCAAUUGUAUGGAGCUGUGAACAAGAAUGUGACUUUCUUUACAGCAAGUUCUACGCCCGUUAAAGACAUCCUGUGGAAAAAAAGAAAGGAUAAAAUUGUAGAAAAGGAAGAAAACUUUGAGGCAAAAGUUUUCCAACCUUUUACAGAUAGAAUUCAUUUAAACAGUAUAUCAGGUGACCUCACCAUCUUCAAUUUAACAUCAUCAGAUGAAGAUGAGUAUGAAUUUGAAUCCUUAAGCAUUAAAGAUAGUAUCAAAUUCGUUCUUAUGGUGCUUGAGCCUCUUCCGUCUCCGACACUAAAUUGUACAUUGGCUAAUGAAACUGUUAGGGUCCAAUGCAGGAUUCCGAAACCUUACAGCAGCCAUAUAGACCUUAUAAGGUACUCAUGGAAUUGCUUCUCAGCACAGUGUAAAACUGGCUCAGAAUCAUCAGAAGUGUGUGUUAACAAGACAGAUGCUCUCUCACGGACAAUAGAGUGUGUCGUUAGCAAUCCAUUAUUCAGAAAUGCAUCAUCAAUCGUUUUGGACACUUGUGUCCCACACGGUGAGUAA